UCCCUCAAGAAACUGCCCAUAGUAUCUUCAAUCACAGCACAGUAAAACCUCACUCUUUUUCCACCUAUAAAAGCUCCCACCACCAUAACCAUUUCUCUCACACCACAGUUCUCUAAACCAAACCCAAAGAAGAAGUCUUUUUUUCACUCACUCCAUUUCCGCUUGUGAUCGAGUCAACUUCCAUGGACACCAAAAUUGGAGCUCUCGACGCAUGUAAACCGCCCAGUAGCGACGUGGGUUGCCCUCCGAACGGCGCCGUUUGCACUAUCCAGAACUCGGUCCCUUCCACCGCUGUGUUCAACUCCGCCGACGCCACUCUGGGUCGUCACCUGGCUCGGCGACUCGUUCAGAUUGGGGUCACUGAUGUCUUCACCGUCCCCGGUGACUUCAACCUCACCCUUCUUGAUCAUCUCAUUGCUGAGCCCGGGCUCAACAACAUUGGCUGCUGUAACGAGCUCAAUGCCGGGUACGCUGCUGACGGCUACGCCAGGUGCCGUGGCGUUGGCGCCUGCGUCGUCACCUUCACCGUCGGUGGACUCAGCGUUCUUAACGCGAUCGCCGGCGCUUACAGUGAGAACUUGCCUCUGAUCUGUAUCGUUGGAGGUCCCAACUCUAACGAUUAUGGAACUAACCGAAUCCUUCAUCAUACUAUUGGGUUACCCGAUUUUUCCCAGGAGCUUAGGUGUUUUCAGACUGUCACUUGUUUUCAGGCCGUGGUGAAUAACUUGGAAGAUGCACACGAAAUGAUCGAUACGGCCAUUUCAACGUCUUUGAAGGAAAGCAAGCCUGUUUAUAUUAGUAUAAGCUGUAACUUGCCUGGUAUUCCUCAUCCUACUUUCAGUCGGGAACCGGUUCCAUUUUCCCUCUCUCCAAGGUUGAGUAACUCAAUGGGAUUAGAGGCUGCAGUCGAGGCUGCAGCAGAGUUCUUAAACAAGGCGGUGAAGCCAGUCAUGGUGGGCGGGCCUAAACUCCGAGCAGCCCACGCUACAGAUGCCUUUGUUGAGCUCGCUGAUGCCUGCGGUUAUGCCGUCUCAGUUAUGCCAUCAGCCAAAGGGCUUGUCCCCGAGCACCACCCACAUUUCCUAGGGACUUAUUGGGGGGCAAUCAGCACUGCCUUCUGCGCUGAAAUAGUGGAGUCUGCUGAUGCUUACAUCUUUGCAGGGCCUAUUUUCAAUGACUACAGCUCUGUGGGGUAUUCCCUUCUUCUGAAGAAGGAGAAGGCAAUCAUUGUGCAGCCCGAUCGGGUGACAAUAGGCAAUGGCCCUGCUUUUGGAUGUAUUCUAAUGAAGGAUUUUCUCAGAGCACUCUCAAAGAGGGUCAAGCGUAACACUACUGCUUAUGAAAACUACCAUAGGAUCUAUGUCCCUGACGGGGUGCCUCUCAAGUGUCAGCCUAAAGAACCUUUGAGAGUUAAUGUUAUGUUUCAGCAUAUUCAAAAGAUGCUUUCAAGCGAAACGGCUGUGAUUGCUGAGACUGGGGAUUCCUGGUUUAACUGUCAGAAGCUGAAGUUGCCAAGGGGUUGCGGGUAUGAAUUCCAAAUGCAAUAUGGAUCCAUUGGUUGGUCAGUUGGAGCUACUCUUGGUUAUGCUCAGGCUGUACCUGAAAAGCGAGUAAUUGCUUGCAUUGGUGAUGGAAGCUUCCAGGUUACUGCUCAAGAUAUUUCAACCAUGAUCCGAUGUGGGCAGAGGACAAUCAUAUUCCUGAUAAACAACGGUGGAUACACAAUCGAAGUUGAGAUCCACGACGGGCCUUACAAUGUGAUCAAGAACUGGAACUACACCGCCUUGGUCGAUGCCAUCCAUAACGGAGAAGGAAAAUGCUGGACUACCAAGGUCUUCUGUGAAGAGGAGCUGAUUCAAGCAAUUGAGACAGCAAAUGGUCCCCAAAAGGACUCAUUGUGCUUCAUUGAGGUGAUUGUUCACAAAGAUGAUACUAGCAAAGAGCUGCUUGAAUGGGGCUCCAGGGUUUGUGCUGCCAACAGCCGCCCACCUAAUCCUCAGUAAAAAAAAAUAACAAAAGUAAAAGAAAAAGAAAAAAAAGCCUUACCCUUAUUUAAGAGUGAUUUUAGCUCUAAAAGUUUGAACAUUUCUUAGUGAAGAGUUUUCUAAUAUCUGUUUUUUUAAAGUUUAUUAUUGUGUAUUCCAGAAGAGUACAUUCCUUGUUUAUCUCUUUCUUUAUAUGAUCAAGUACAUUAAUUAUUGUUUUUC